AUGGUGCUGCUUCAAGAAAAGACCCCCGCCCUUGUACCCUUCACUGGGGGGUACCAGCGGGCAGAGGAUAAGGGGAAAUCUAACCUUCAACCUCAGAAAGAAGCCAGGCUGGAGGACACCCUGUCCCCAGACUGUGUGCACCGGGGCAUCAGGGUCACACUGGAAAACAACAGCAUGUGGACUGAGUUCCACCGCUGCUGCACAGAGAUGAUUGUGACCAAACAGGGAAGCCGCAUGUUCCCAUACUGCCGCUUCCGCAUCUCUGGCCUCAGCCCCCAGAAGAAGUACAUUCUCCUGAUGGACCUGCAGCCAGCCAAUGACCACAGGUACCGAUGGGGCAGGAGUGGCUGGCAGGUCUGUGGUAGAGCUGAGAUCCAUGUCCCUGUAGCUCCUUUCGCUCACCCAGAGUCGCCCUCCUCUGGGCAGCACUGGAUGCAAAGUCCAGUAUCGUUCUACCGUCUGAAACUUACUAGUGACACUGAGGGCCAGGGCGGGAACAUAGUCCUGCAUUUAAACCAGCGCUACCGUCCACGGCUGCACAUGGUUCAAACGGACCAAGCCAGAGACGUGAAGCUUAGCGGGCCUGGAGUUGUCACCUUCACCUUUCCUCAGACGGAGUUCAUGGCUGUGUCGGCGUAUCAGAACACAAGGUUUGCACAGCUCAAAGUGGAAUACAAUCCGUUCUCUAAAGGUCUGCGGGACGACACUGCAACCAAGGGGCUCAAGCUGAACUCUACCCAAGCUCAGAACCCACUGAAGAAGAGCCUAAAGUUCCUAUUAGCCAACCACAAACCCAAAAGCUCUAAACCUGCUCAAUCUAACGAGAAAGAACAGGGAGGACCCAGUACCUCAGCAGACCCUCCUAAAAUCCCCCCCACAGACAAGGCCAGCUCUUCUUCCACAGACCAGACCAGGUCUGCAGCUCAACCCCCGUCGGAACAAACCUGUAACAACCGACGUCCGUCACAGAAGCUAUUUUCGGAGCAAAUUCGAGAUGCGCAUGUUUCUCUGCAGAGGUACAUCACGCCGCUAUCCGACCCGGAGUGCUCUUCUUUUGCAUUUGAACCAAUUUCCUCAGCCAGCUCUCCAGAACCGCUCCCCACUAUUCCCGACUCGUUAACUUUAGAUUUUGAUCCAUCAGAUAUAGCUAAAAGAAUCCCGCAACCCUCGAAGGACUUCAGCCACACAGAGUUGUCUGUUUUUAAGUGGCAUACCGUGUUACCGCCACAGGAGCCAUGCCUAGCCUCGUCGUUCUCGCCAUUUCAACCCGCCUCUACGAUCCAACCCUCUGUGCUAAAUUCCCAAACUGAAAGUGGACCCUCCUCUCUCCCAGCGGAAGCCUCUGCUUUCCAGGAGCAGUCUUUGCCGUUUCCAGGGGAGCUGUCGCCUCUUGCGUUGCAGUUUCCAGGUUCCCCCACAUUUUCUUCUUUAGACGGUGAUGCGCUUUCGCCGACGGACCUCACGGAACUGGUACAUUUCUUUGCGGGGGCUGAUGCAGACUUGGCGAUUGGAGACGAGUUUACAAACGCAGUGACGGAUGUACAGACUGCACCAGAAGAACACACUGGACAGGGUUUAGCAGAGAUUACAGAGGUGAAUGUUGAGCCUCAAAGAGAGAAGAGGGCGGAGCUGAUUGAGUCCAGGCCGAAGCAGACUGAACAGGAGCAAACCAGAUCCGAGCCGGCGCCCAAAACACAGAAGAAACUGAAGAGAAAAAGGAGGUGCGGUGUUUCCAAAGUGACCUCACAGCUGGACUUGGACCCGGACCCAUCGUACACAGUCAUGAAGCCCAGCCUGGAGGAAGUGGAGGAGCAACUGUUCGUCUCCUUCACCUCAAAGGAAGCGUUGGAGCUGCACCUCGGAGACUCCGCAGAGAACUCUCCUCCGGGACCUGCACUCGGCUCCUCACCUGCUCCUGCCCCUUUAGCCCCCUCCCCACCUGCUCCUGCCCUCUCUCAAAUGGAACCUGACCCCACUCCUGUCUCUCCCCCUGCUGCUGCUCUUCCCUCCUCUGCUCCUGUCUCCCUUCUCUGCACCUCAGACAUUGCAGACCCCAGAAACGUGACUGAAACGAGAGCAGACUCUCCACCUGAGGCCCUCCAGGAUCUCGUGUCCUGUCCCAGAACAGAAUCAGGUCAGGAGUCAGACGAUGGUGAAGUGGGAGAGAAGGAGCUUGACCAAACUAAACCAGACUCCGCUCCAACAACUGAAGACGCUAAUGUCCAAACUCAGACCUACAACUUCUACAAGAUAAAAGAUGAAACCGCCAAGAAACACACAACCACGAGUCAAGACGAGGAAGAGAAGACAUCUAGAACGUGCUCAUAUCCAGAACCAGAUAACUUCUACACAAGGAGCUCAGAGCAACACACAUCUGUAGAGGAGCAGCUCUUGGAGCUGGAGAAGACUCUUCUCAGGGACGUGAGGCUCAUGAAGUACAAGCAGGUCAUCCACCCGCUGCUGCAAGAAGUUGGUCUGAAGAUGAGUUUGCUGGAUGCCUCGCUCCCUGUGGACCUCCAGUACCUGGGCAUCCCUCUGCCCCUCCCCCCUCCGCAAGCCAAUCAGGAGCCAGGUCCAGGACUCGGUGGGGGCUUCGUGUCCAGAACGGGGAAAACCACAGAUGUGACUCAGAUCAAAGGAUGGAGAGACAAGUUCACCUCUGACUCAGUGUUGCCGCUUGAAGCGCCCCCUGUGGCCGAGCCAGUGAAGAAGAACCUGUCUGCGUUCUGCAGCGACAUGUUGGAUGAGUAUCUGGAGAUGGAGGGGAAGCUGCUGGACGAGCGUGCCUCCUCCUUCACCAGCGCCGACCCUCCGGCCCCUGUCACCUUUGACCUCUUUAGCAGCAGCUAUGUGCACACUCUGCCCACCGCACUCACUGCUAACCCUGCAGUCACUGCUAACCCUGCGCUAUCUGCUCACCCUGCCUCCAGCCUCAUCUCUGGCUUUGUGCCUCCGUCCAAACGCCCCAAACCCGCCCCCAGCCGAGCAGCCAAUAAAACGUUCAAACAGAAGAAGAAGGCAGCAUCAGUAGAAGAAGCAAAGAAAUUCCCAGAGCCCAAAAAACCCAAAGAGAAAAGCCAUCUUUUCAAGUCUGCGUUUGUGUUCAAUGACGACACACCAUCGGUUCAGUUGAAGAAGUUCGGAGACGCAGAUGUGAGCUUGUCGCUGGAGAACGAGAGUAUGAUGGACUCGUGCGAUUUUAUGGAGCCGCUUUGCCUCUCGCCGAAAAAUAAAAGGAAAGGUGGAGGAGGGAGUGUGGACGCGGUCUCCCAGAGUCCCUCCAAGGGCUUCGACCCUAACCACACAGAGCCAAUCUCUGAGGAGGCGAGUUCCAAGCCACCGGGGAGAGGGAGGAGGAGGAGGAGGAGGUACGAAGAGCUGGAACUGAUGGCACCGCUGGAGUCUGAUUCGGAGCUCUGCAACGAGGACGAGAAAUUGAUUCAGAGCCAGGCGAGCUUUGAGACGAGCCACAUGGAGGGUCAGAAGGAGGAGGUGAAGGAGGAGAAGAAGCCCACGCGGCUGCUGGUGACCAAGGCGCUGGUGAAGCAGAGAGACAUGGAGCAGAGAGGAUUCUGGGAAGGAAAGCCUCGCACUUAUGUAACGCAGGAGCGCGCUACUGUGGCCUUGAGCUCCCUGUUCACUCUGAAGGGCUUCGUGGCAGAGGACCCGCGUCUUCCGCUUCGACUGACUCCUCGUCCGGCCCCUCGGUGUCUGAAUGACUUCUGUCGACUCGGCUGCAUGUGCUCCAGCCUCAACUACCGCUCCAGACCCUCGCACUGCCGUCGCGCCCAAUGCCUGCUGCGUUGCUCCUGCCUCAAGCAGAAGGUGGUGCUGCUUAGGAACCUGGACUCCAUGGCUCACUCUGGAAGGAAGAGGAAGAGGAGGAGGAGGAUGAAGAUGGCGUAUGUGCUUAAGGAGGCAGAGACCGUGUCGCAGCCCGCCCCUCCUGUCCGGACUUUGUGGACCAAAACCGACUCAGACCCAGACCAGGUCUCUGUCCCUCCUGUGUCCGGUUCCAUCCAGACGACAGACCAGGUGAAAGAGCCGGGACGAGAAGGCGAGGCACAGAUCAGCACCAGGGUCAAGCCAGAUCAGAAGAGAAAAGAAAAGAUCAAUCUACAUCGGCUGCCGGAUCCAGACCCCAAACCUCUAGCUCUCAGAAAUCGAGAACGUCUGAGCAGCAAGAAACACAGCGUCAACCCAGACGCUGCAGUAACCAUAGUUACCACGGAGUCUGAAGAGAGCUGUGCCCGGGUCCGAGAGUUCAGAGGUUGCACUCAGAGGACACAGACAACCACAGAGAACUCCUCAGCCACCAAAGCCUCUGCUCUAACCUCCUCCAUUGCCACUUCCCCCCUCUCCAAGCGCCUGGUGUUGCUGGCAAACUGUAAGUGGCAGAACGAGGGGGACCGUGUGUCGGUGCUAAAGGUUCUGUGUGAGGCUCUGACGCUGGGCACUCUGGAGCGGCCCUUCUGGAUCGGACCCUACUUUGUUUCGCCCUUCAGCCCCACACAGGUGCAGAAGAACGGAAAGAUGUGUGCGGAGGUUCGGGUCCAUAUCUCCACUCCCAAAGCCAUCGCCAGGCCUGGGAGGAGCAGGGAGGGUCCUGAAACAGAGCACUGCAGCAGCCAGGGGAAACAGGUCUUGGAGGACGGGGAGGUGGAUUGUCCUGAAGACUAUCUGUCUGAGCCGGAAGCCCGGACGGUGGAGCCUGGUGACAUCCAUGUGACGUCCAGUGAGAACCUGAGAGAAACCCCAGAACCUGAAAUGGAGUUUACCCCAGAUCAGAAGUUUGCUCUGCCGUAUCUACAGAGGAUUAGUCCUGCGGGGUUCAUGUGGGCCAAACUCAGGGGCUCAGAGGAGAAUUGUGUCCAGGUAAACGGAAAGGCGUAUCCUCAAGCAAAGGUGCAGCUGGGUCGAAUGGGAGCGCUACAUCCUGCAAACCGAUUGGCUGCUUACCUGACAGGGCGAGUGGGCGGGGCCUACAGACCUGUCAGCACGCCCUCCCCGGUGACCUGCGCUUUACCCGGGAUCUCCACCCUCAGUGCAUCCACCAAGACCUCCACAGUGACAUCAACCAGGACCAGCCCCAAGAGCGGAUCUAGCUUACCCAGUCCCACUCCUACCCAGACCCCGGCCGAAUCCUCCCAGACCUCGGCCGGUCCUGUUGGGGUCAACAUCUGGCCAAGACCUGAUGUCUCUAGCCAAACUCCUCUCUGCGGUGGAGAGACGAGUGACGAGAACAAACCUCUUCCUGCAGUGUCCAAGGCUCCUCUGUUGGUGGAGAUCCAAGUCCCGGGUCCAAACAACACGCCUCUGCAGCAGCUGGUCCCUGUCAGAGCAGCGCCGACCCCGACCCUGCCCUCCUUCUCUUUGCCCAUGUCUGUCCUCACUCCUCUUCCCAAAGACUUGAGGACCAGACUCACCCCAGCCCCUGUCCCCAAUAAUCUGACGACCAGACUCACCCCGGCCCCUGUCGCUGAAGACCUGAAGACCAUAGUCUCCCCAGCCCCUGUCCUUAACCUUGUCCCAGUUGCACCUGUCUCUCAGACUCAGAAGCUCAUCUCCCAGGCCCAGCCCCCUCAGCCCUCCCCCCUUCAGCCCUUGCAGCUCAUGGGCGGUCCGACCUCCAGCUCUGGGGUGCGUUUGUUUCGCACACCUGACGGACGCCUGAUGCAGCUGAUCCCUCUCCCUGCAAAACCCAAGAGCGUGUCGUCCAGCGCCACGCCCACUGUCAUCAAGAACAACAAGCAGAUGAUCGUGUACCGACGAACCAAGAACAAGAAUGGAGAGGUUACACUAGUCCCUCUCACCAGCCAGGCCCCAGUGAUCCCCUUCCCCACCCAGUCCUCACACCCUGUCAUUGCCCCCACCUCCACUGGUAUGUCUGGCCUUCAGAAGUUCACCGUCUCCUCGUCCUCCUCGUCCCCGCUCCUGAGCUCCAAGACCGGAUACUCCUUCAAAAUCCUGCAAGGGAAGAGCACCAAGGAGACGGUGGUGGUGCGCACGUCUGAGCUGGCUCCCAAACCGGACAGAAGGAACGAAGGAGAGAAAGCUAUAGCCAAAUCUGCGGCAGUGGUGAAGCAGGAGAUAAGGCAGGAGGUGGUGGAGCAGGAGAAGCAGGAGCUGGCUGUGGAUGUGAGCGACCUAGACCUGGUCUGUGUGGACAAUGAGGACGUGGUGGUGGUGGACUCGAGCAGCGAGGAGACUGAGAACUCGUCAGACUACAGCAGCGAAGACGAGAUGCUGACGGGAGCCCAGGGGAACAUGAAGAUAGAGGAGCUGGGACGAAAGAAACACAAUUUUCAUGAGAGAAUUCGACGACAGAAGCUCCUCAAACUCUUCCACAACCUCCGGAAAGAAGUCAGACUGAACCAAGAGCAUCCAGGGUCCAGGCACUCCACCCUCAUCAAGGCUCAGAGGUUGAUUGAGGAGCUGAAGUCCAGAGAGGAGCAUUUGAAGAACCUGAAGCUCUCGCUGAGGAUCAACAGAGACAAACUUCUGAACCAACUGGUGCCGCACUCUGACAAUCCGGAGGUUCAGACCGUGAUCGGAGACCACCGCCGGAGGAAAGACUCCAUGGUUCCUCGAGAUGAUGACAUCAUCGAGGUCGUUGACCUGCCCAAGGGGGAGGAGCCGCAGGCUGUUCUGUCUGAGGAGGAGGAACACAUUUCGCAAGAACAACUUCCAUCGACCAAUCCCGCGACAGUAAAGACUCUGACAUCACUUCCCGCUAAAGUCCCAAACCCCAUGACAUCUCCUGUUAAAACAAUGACAUCAUCGCCUGUCAAAGCCACCACACCGUCUCCCUUCUCCUUCAUUGUUGCCCAGAAUGCACUGCGGCAGAAGACCGUUCCAAACAUCUUGUCACGAAGCAAGACCAGUGCAGGCGCUCCCCUGCCGCAGGCCGUGCUUCCUCCUGGUUUGGUGGUGAGCUCUUCCUCUGUCUACCAACAGCACAUGAUCCCAGGGCAUGCUCCUCCCCCUCAGUGUCAGGUGCUCACACUGCAGCCGCUGCUCCAGUCUCCAGCCAUGGCAACGGUGCUGUCCCCCGGAGACCUGUUCGCUUGCAGUGCCCCGCUCCUCCAUGUCCCAGGUGGAAACAUGAGCCUGGUGCAGGUGGUCACUCCACAGACACCAUCGUUGCUCCCAAAACAUAAACUACAGCUCCCAUCAACCCCUGCUGCGGUCUCAGCACUGCUCCCUGUCACACAGACUCCUUCCACUGACUCGUCCAAAGACUCUCCCCUUCCAGCUGUCUUCUUCAAAACAGAACCAGGUCAAGAACUCCAUCUCCAAUCAACCCCUACUGCCGCCUCCAUCACACCGACUCCUUCCACUGCUCCUCCCCUCCCCCCUGUUCUCAUCAAAGCAGAACCAGGCCAAGAACUACAACUCCCAUCAGCCCCUGUUCUCAUAAAAACUACAACCGCUGCCAAAGUCCUGCCCCCUGUCACCUCUGCUGCCUCUCAGGACCAAUCACAGCCCACUUCCUGCUCUCCCGUCCAAUCGGAGUCCUCCUUUUCGUCCCUGCUGAAUGAGAUUGCCUUUUUGGUCCAGAGUUCUAACGCGCCGUCCCCUAAUCAGAGCCCAGGUCCGAUGCAGUUAGCCCCGCCCCCACUGGUGAAACUGUCAAAUAGCAGCGCAGCAAGCGUAGAGGCAGGAAAUGCAAGCUCAGAGGGCGGAGCCUGGAGGCCAAUGCCAAAGCUACGGAGGCUCUGA